CACGUGACCGGGAUCGGGAGCUUGCAGGCAGCCCCGAAGGAGAGAAGUUGGCAGCUGGCUGGGAAAAGGCUCGGCGGGAGCCGGGUAAGCCCGAGGCGGCUGCUCUUCCGCGCUUCAGUUGUCUCACACGUGGGCUUGAAGGAUGCCAUGCCAUAAAUCUACUGUGGAUGCGCCAAUCCUCCAAUUUACCAACUGCCGAAUUUUAAAGGAUCAUGUCUUGCAAAGAGAGGAUCUAUGGGUAAGAGCCGGAAAGAUCUUAAAUCCAGAGAAGGUGUUCUUUGAUGAGAAAAAGUCUGCAGAUGUCCAACUGGACUGCAAAGGCAGCAUCUUGGCACCGGGCUUCAUUGAUGUACAAAUCAAUGGAGGUUUUGGAGUAGAUUUUUCCCUGGCUACAGAUGAUGCACAAGCAGGAAUUUCACUGGUUGGCCAGAAGAUACUGUCCAGUGGCGUGACUUCAUUUUGCCCGACUAUGGUGACCUCACCAUCCUCGGUCUAUCACAAGGUUCUACCUCAAAUCCGUGUACAAAAUGGGGGGCCUCACGGAGCCGGUGUCCUAGGGAUUCAUCUGGAAGGUCCAUUCAUCAGCAAAGAGAAGAAGGGGGCUCACCCAGAAAAUUACCUCCGCACUUUUGAGUUGGGAGCCUUCCAGGAUUUGCUCGCCAUGUACGGGAGUCUGGAUUGUGUCCGGAUUGUCACUUUAGCCCCUGAGAUGAAACGCAGCAGUGAAGUGAUCCGGGAGUUGACCAAGAGAGGCAUCUGCGUGUCGCUGGGUCACUCUGUAGCUAAUUUAUCUCAAGCUGAGGAGGCUGUUUGUCAGGGAGCUACCUUCAUCACUCACCUCUUCAAUGCCAUGUUACCUUUCCACCACCGAGACCCCGGGAUUGUGGGACUUCUCACAAGUGACAAGAUUCCUUCUGGUCAGCAAGUGUUUUACGGCAUGAUCUCAGACGGGAUCCACACGAAUCCUGCUGCGCUGAGAAUCGCACACCGGGCCCAUCCUCAAGGUCUGAUCCUGGUGACAGAUGCCAUCCCAGCAAUGGGGCUUCCUCCUGGCAGACACACUCUGGGCCAACUGGUGGUAGAGGUAGAAGGUGCAAAUUCCUACAUUGCAGGUACCAAAACAUUGAGUGGAAGCAUCUCCACCAUGGACACCUGUAUCCGACAUUUCACGGAUGCCACUGCCUGUUCAUUAGAAACAGCCCUGGAGGCUGCCUCUCUCCAUCCUGCUCAGCUGUUAAAUAUCGAGGAUCAAAAGGGAACCUUGGAUUAUGAUACCGACGCAGAUUUUGUGCUGCUGGAUGAGAGACUCCGUGUACAGGCCACUUAUAUUGCCGGCGAAGAGGUCUGGAGACAAGACAACUUCAUCAUCUGAAGUUGUGCAGAGCUGGAUGGGCAGAGCUUCGGAUCAAAGGAAGAAGGGGACUCAGAGUGGCCCACAGCUCCAUUUCCCCCCCAAAGCCUUCUGGUUUGCCUCAUUUUUCUCCACAGACUCUCUCCGAAAAGUCCUGCUCAAACUGUAGCACUGGCUGCCCUCCUCCCUGUGGAGGAUGGUAGAACUUUUCUUCUCGACUUGAUCCAGGUAGCUGUCCCACAGACAUGAGGUGGGACUCCUUCCAGAACUUGACAGGGGCUUUCCUCACUAUUCAUCAAGGAACUUACUGUACUGGGGAACAGCAGCCAUUUUUUUCCCCCAGAGUGCCUCAUUCUUUUGUCUUGCAACACAACCUCUUGAAUAUUUGAAUGAUGCUUUGGCAAGGGGUCAUCUGCUUUGAUCCCAUGUAAAGCCAACUCUGUACAGCACUGUUACAGCUGACUAUAUUUGUCUAAGCUAAAAAUCUGGGGUGACAUUAAACCCAAGGCAAAAUGUGCAUCCUGCAAAAAUCAUUUGUUUUGACAGCCUGGGAGCCAUUUCUGACCACAAUUGCUGAAAUCUGUAGAAUGUUUUUAUUUCAUUUUGAACCUGAAAGGUUGAGAAUAUAGAAUAAUAACAGAGUUGGAAGGAACUUUGGAGGUCUUCUAGUCCAACCUUCUUCUCAAGCAGAAGACCUUAUACUAGUCCGGACAAAUUAAUGAAAUAAUUAA